AUGGAACCCCAAUACACCCACGUCGAGCUGCUGACUCUGAACGGGCCGGAGUACCGCAGGGUCUCGACUGCCCCUCCGCGUCCCCCGACCGACGAGGAGAUCCCUAUCGUCGAUCUCGCCCCCAUCGACGGCGACCCAGCAGCGCGGGCACAGCUGGCUCAUCAAGUCCGAGCAGCGGCGCAGACGACAGGCUUCUUCUAUAUCAAGAAUCACGGGAUUCCGCCAGAACUGAUCGAAAGCGCCCUUUCCCAGGCCAAGGCCUUUUUCCAUCAACCCGAGGAACUGAAAGACGACAAGGUCUCCAAGUUGAAGCUCAUGCACAUGGACGGAUACCACGCGGUCGGAACGACACAGGUGAACAAGACGGAAACGAAAGACCGCAAAGAAACCUUUACCCUGCGAUACAACGCUCGCAACGACCCAACCCAAGCCAGGGACAGCGCCUUGGCCUGGGACGAUUCCCCCCUGUGGGCAGGCACCGCCCAUCUGCCUCACUUCCGCGACACGACCAUCGCAUUCUGGCAAGCCAGGCUAGCACUCGCCAGAAAAAUGGUGCAGAUCUUCGCUCUGGCUCUAGACCUCCCGGAGACCUACUUCGACGAGGUCGUGACGCAUCCCGGCUCCGACGGUCUGUACGUGCACUACCCGGGCACGCCCACCGCAGACCAUCUGGCCAAAGACGCCGUCGACAUCGACGUUGGAAUCGGCUCGCAUACCGACAUCCAAUGCUUCACGCUCCUCUGGCAGGAUAUGUCCGGCGGGCUGCAGGUGCUUUCCGCGGCGGACGAAUGGCUGGACGCGCGCCCCAUCCCAGGCACGCUGGUCGUCAACAUCGGGGAUUUCCUGCAGCGGCUGUCGAACAAUCGGUUCCGGUCGACCGUGCACCGCGUGUACAAUCGGCAGACGACGUCUCGGUACUCGAUGCCGUUUUUCUUGGGGUUCAAUCCCGAGUCCGUGUGUCGGGUGCUGCCGUCUUGCGUGGAUGAGGAGCAUCCGGCGCUGUAUGAGCCGAUUUCGUGUGGGGAGAGAGUCACAGUAUCUCACAACGUGUCUUGA